AUGUAUCGAAUCACGAAUAUCUACGUUCUUGCCGCGUUCGGCACCAUCGGCGGAGCACUCUUCGGCUUCGAUGUGAGCUCGAUGAGUGCCUGGAUUGGCAUUGACACAUAUACCGAAUUCUUUGGGAACCCCGAUUCCAAUCUUCAAGGAGGAAUCACUGCUUCUAUGUCCGCUGGUUCAUUCGUCGGCUCUAUCGGAGCCGGCUGGUUAUCCGACUACCUUGGCCGUCGCGGCGCACUAAUGAUCGCCUCUCUCGUCUGGAUUGUUGGGGCUAUGGUACAAUGCAGUGCGCAGAAUGUUACACAUCUGGUCGCCGGUCGUGUCGUUAGUGGUCUCGCCGUGGGAGUCACUUCCUCACAAACCUGUGUCUACCUAUCCGAACUAGCCCCGGCAAAGAUUCGUGGUCGCAUUGUCGGUAUUCAACAAUGGGCGAUCGAAUGGGGUAUUUUGAUCAUGUACCUGAUUGCAUACGGUUGCUCUAUAGGUGUGGCGGGCCCAGCUGCUUUCCGAAUCUGCUGGGGCAUUCAGGCCGUCCCAGGUCUGAUUCUCUUCAUCGCACUAUUCUUCUUCCCUGAAUCACCUCGCUGGCUGGCCGGCAAGGAACGCUGGGAGGAAGCCCUUGAGACCCUAGCUUUGAUUCAUGGCAAUGGUGACCGGAAUGACCCAGUGGUGCAGGUUGAGUUCGAAGAAGUUCAAGAGGCCGCUAGAAUUGCGCACCAAGCAAAGGACAUAUCUUUCCUCGCUCUAUUCGGACCGCGUAUCUGGAAGCGGACCAUGUGCGGAAUGAGUGUGCAAAUGUGGCAGCAGUUGCUAGGAGGCAACGUUGCAAUGUACUAUGUUGUCUACAUCUUUGAGAUGGCUGGAAUGUCUGGAAAUACUACCCUCUGGUCUUCGGCGAUUCAAUAUGUUAUCUUCCUGGUUACCACCGGCAUCAUGCUCCCAUACAUCGAUCGAGUUGGUCGACGACCUUUGCUCCUGACUGGCGCGGUGACUUGCAUGAUUGUUCACUUCGUAAUUGCAGGUGUUAUGGCUAGCAGGGGUCACGCGGUAUCCAACGUCAAUGGAAACUACAACCUGACAUGGUCCAUCAAAGGCAGCUCUGGAAUGGCUGUUAUUGCCUUUUCAUAUAUCUUCACUGGUAUCUACGGCUUUACUUGGGCGCCGGUCGCAUGGAUCUACGCUGCCGAAGUUUUCCCACUCAAGUACCGUGCUAAGGGCGUUGGUCUAUCUGCCUCGGCAAAUUGGAUCUUUAACUUCGCACUGGCUUACUUUGUCGCACCGGCAUUUCACAAUAUCCAGUGGAAAACAUACAUCAUCUUUGGCGUAUUCUGUUUUGCUAUGACUUUCCAUGUCUUUUUCAUGUAUCCGGAGACGGCCGGUCGCUCACUGGAGGAGAUUGAUGCGAUCUUCGACUCCAACGUUAUGCCAUGGCGCACCAAUCAAAUCGAGAACAGAUUCAGUGAAGAAGUCGAAAAGCACAAGCAAGCUAACGAGAAGAUCGGCAAGGAUUCUGAAGGUGCCACCCAUGAGGAGGUGGUCUGA